GCAGGAGUCCACAGUACUACAAUUACUACAUAUCCCUGCUACAAUCCAUCCACCGCUGGAAUGAUUACACUUGGGCUUUUCUUAUGUUCCCUCCUCAUUUCUUCCUAUGCAGCCAACCCUUGCUGCUCUAACCCAUGUCAGAACCGAGGUGUGUGCAUGACUAUUGGCUAUGAGAGAUAUGAAUGUGAUUGCACAAGGACAGGAUAUUAUGGUGAAAACUGCACUUCACCGGAACUUUUAACAUGGCUGAGAGUCACCUUAAAGCCUUCGCCCAACACUGUUCACUACAUCUUAACUCACUUUAAAGGCAUAUGGAAUAUAAUUAACAAUAUUUCCUUCCUGCGAGAUAGGAUUAUGCAAUAUGUGUUAACAUCAAGGUCUCACUUGAUCGAUAGCCCACCUACCUACAACAGCUACUAUGAUUAUAAAAACUGGGAAGCAUAUUCCAACAUUUCAUACUAUACUCGAUCAUUGCCACCAGUAGGAGAAGAUUGCCCAACACCAAUGGGAGUUAAAGGAAAGAAGGAACUCCCAAGUGUCAAGGUAGUUGUUGAGAAGUUCUUACUGAGAAGACAGUUUAUCCCUGACCCACAAGAAACUAAUAUCAUGUUUGCAUUCUUUGCACAACACUUUACACAUCAGUUCUUUAAAACUGAUGUCAAGAGAGGCGCUGCCUUCACUAAGGCUUUGGGCCAUGGGGUCGAUUUAAGUCACAUCUAUGGAGAAACUUUAGACAGACAACACCAACUACGACUAAAGAAGGAUGGAAAGUUGAAAUACCAGAUUAUUUAUGGCGAGAUGUAUCCUCCAACAGUAAAUGAAACUGGGGUUGAGAUGCUAUAUCCACCACAUGUGCCAGAACAUCUUAAAUUAGCUGUUGGCCAGGAAGUCUUUGGUCUUGUCCCAGGUUUGAUGAUGUAUGCUACCAUUUGGCUAAGAGAACACAAUCGAGUCUGUGAUAUUCUUGUGCAGGAGCAUCCUGAGUGGGAUGAUGAACGUCUGUUCCAAACUACAAGGCUUAUUUUGAUUGGUGAAACCAUCAAGAUUGUAAUUGAAGAUUAUGUACAGCAUCUAAGUGGGUAUAACUUUAAGCUGAAGUUUGACCCAGAGUUGCUGUUUAACCAAAGAUUCCAGUACCAGAAUCGAAUUGCUGCAGAGUUCAAUACCCUGUACCAUUGGCAUCCUCUUCUGCCAGACUCUUUCCUGAUAAGUGACAAGGAAUACAACUAUCAACAAUUUCUUUACAAUAAUUCUGUCAUGCUGGAACACGGAAUAUCACAGAUGGUUGAAUCGUUUAGCAAGCAAAGUGCUGGAAGGGUGGCUGGUGGUAGAAACUUUCCUGCAGCUGUGUUUAGAGUGGCCAUGGCUUCCAUCGAGCAAAGCAGAGAGAUGAGAUACCAAUCCUUAAACGAAUACAGGAAGCGUUUUAUGCUGAAACCUUUCAAAUCCUUUGAGGAGCUCACUGGAGAGAAAGAAAUGUCUGCGGAACUUGAAGAACUCUAUGGAGACAUUGAUGCUAUGGAGUUAUACCCAGGACUUUUGGUGGAAAAGCCCCGUCCAGGUGCAAUAUUUGGAGAGACCAUGGUCGAACUUGGUGCUCCAUUUUCCUUGAAAGGUCUAAUGGGUAACCCAAUUUGCUCUCCUGAAUACUGGAAACCUAGCACUUUUGGUGGAAAAGUUGGCUUCGACAUAGUGAACUCAGCGUCUUUACAAAAACUCAUCUGCCAAAAUGUUAAAGACUGCCCUUUUGUCUCAUUUCAUGUGUUAAAAAGCAAACUGAGUGAGUCAGCAACCAUUAAUGCAAGUUCAAACUCUGCACUGGAAGAAGUAAACCCUGCUAUACUACUGAAAGAGCGCUCGUCAGAACUGUAAGGGUUUUCAUGCCCUAAAAAGGAACAGCCAUCAACACUGUAAAGGGGUUUUCUCACUUUAGAAAGUAGCAUUUAUUAUGUAGAGCAGUGUUCUUUAACUUGGGUCCUCAGGGCCCACCUACCGGUCAUGUUUUCAGGAUUUCCUCAGUAUUGAGCAGGUAAGCAUUAGUGACAAUGCUACAGGACUUACCACAGGUUUUCAUUCUGUGGGAUAUUCUCAAAUCAUGACCAGCAGGUGGGCCCUGAGGAACAUUGAUGUAGAGUAAGUUAAUGCAAGCCACUUAAAAGCCACAGUAACUUUCUCUACAUAAUAAUUGCUGAAGAGAGACACCCCUUUAAGGAUUGCUAAGAAUUGUUACAGCAUACUUGUUACUGAAAUGCAGGUGGCCACAUAAGUGCUGCUGGCAGAUCUACGUCCACUGUAGAGUUAUAGUUGUAGUAGUUUGUCAGCAUUUUUGUAUACAAGUUGUUCAUAUGAAAAUUCACAUUAUAUACUGAUGGUCUUGAAUUUGUUAUAUUUAUUGUCUGUGCUCCAGAUUAUUUAUUUUACAUCAUAGUAUAGAUACAUACUUAGAUGUAUCUUUAGAAAUAACAAAGCAGGAACUUUCAUGCUAUUUCCUUGCUGGAUUAAAGUAAAUCAUUUAGAGCUAUUGCUAAAGUCCAAACUUAGGCUGACAUUUAUGAAUGGAGCCAUUGUGUGGAUAUAUAAUAUUGUAGUCACCCCUUAGGAGGGCAUUUUCACAUAUCCACAAUUUUCAAUAAGUCCAGUAAAUAACUGACCCCUAUGUGGAGCUAUGAAUGUUAACAUACAUAUUGGGCUACAUUGUCUUUUAACAAUGGAUGUUCAUGUCCACUAAGUGACAAGACACAGGACCAGGCAUGAAUAGUUAUCCAUCUAAUACAUUUUCCUCGUGGAGUUUAUGCAAUGACUGUUACUACAUGAAUAGAAAAUAGACCUGGGUAACUUUCUUUUUUUGUUUUAAUAAGCAUACUUAAGGGGAGAUUUUUCAAAACUGGUGUGAAAGAAAGCUGGCUUAGUUUCCCAUAGCAACAAAUCACAUUCCAUCUUUCAUUUUUCAGAGCUCAUUUGGAAAAUGAAAGAUGGAAUCUGACUAGUUUCUAUGGCAGCUAUGCCAGUUUUAAGCAACUUAACCUUUACACCAGCUUUGAUUUAUCUCCUCCUUAAUGUUGUGUGUGUUUAAAGCUGCUAAAUUACUUGAAUCUUGGGUUGUUUUAGACAAUAAGGUGAUAUGCACAUUUUUACAUUAUCAUGGGGCACCAUCAUUGUGCUUUUCUAUUGUGCUUCAAGUAAGGACAGAAAAUUGUCAAUAUAAGAGAUUAUGUUAACAUUACUUGAAUUUGCAUGGUAGAUGGUGUUCCAGACCACAAAAUAUACAGUUUAUGUA